UGGGGAAACUCCAGAAUCUUGCCCCCUUUAUUGCCUGUCACCCCAGUCCUCUGUUCUAGGGUGACCUUGAGCCGCAAAAGUGCUGUCCACGUGGACUGGGGCUGACAUCACACGUCCAUCUGCCAGGACCUCUGUGUCCAAACUCCGAGACAUGGCGACCAAUGGCAGCAAGGUUGCCGAUGGGCAGAUCUCCACGGAGGUCAGCGAGGUCCCUGUGGCCAAUGACAAACCCAAAACCCUGGUGGUCAAGGUGCAGAAGAAGGCAACGGACCUUCCAGACCGGGACACGUGGAAGGGCCGCUUUGACUUCCUCAUGUCCUGCGUGGGCUACGCCAUCGGCCUGGGCAACGUCUGGAGAUUCCCCUAUCUCUGUGGAAAAAACGGCGGCGGGGCCUUCCUGAUCCCCUACUUCCUGACGCUCAUCUUUGCGGGGGUCCCGCUCUUCUUGCUGGAGUGCUCCCUAGGCCAGUACACGUCCAUUGGGGGUCUGGGGGUCUGGAAGCUGGCCCCUAUGUUCAAGGGUGUGGGCCUUGCUGCUGCUGUGUUGUCCUUCUGGCUGAACAUCUACUACAUUGUCAUCAUCUCCUGGGCCAUCUACUACCUGUACAAUUCCUUCACCACGACGCUUCCAUGGAAACAGUGUGACAACCCCUGGAACACAGACCGCUGCUUCUCCAACUACAGCAUUGUGAACACCACCAACAUGACCAGUGCUGUGGUGGAGUUCUGGGAGCACAACAUGCAUCAGAUGACAGAUGGGCUGGAUAAGCCGGGUCAGAUCCGCUGGCCUCUGGCCAUCACCCUGGCCAUCGCUUGGAUCCUUGUGUAUUUCUGUAUCUGGAAGGGUGUUGGCUGGACUGGAAAGGUGGUCUACUUCUCUGCCACCUAUCCCUACAUCAUGCUGAUCAUCCUGUUCUUCCGAGGAGUGACGCUGCCUGGUGCCAAGGAGGGCAUCCUCUUCUACAUCACACCCAACUUCCGCAAGCUGUCGGACUCCGAGGUGUGGCUGGAUGCUGCUACCCAGAUCUUCUUCUCUUAUGGGCUAGGGCUGGGAUCCCUGAUUGCUCUUGGGAGCUACAACUCUUUCCACAACAACGUCUAUAGGGACUCCAUCAUUGUCUGCUGCAUCAAUUCAUGCACCAGCAUGUUCGCAGGAUUUGUCAUCUUCUCCAUCGUGGGCUUCAUGGCCCAUGUCACCAAAAGGUCCAUUGCUGAUGUGGCAGCCUCAGGCCCUGGGCUGGCGUUCCUGGCAUACCCAGAGGCAGUGACCCAGCUGCCCAUCUCACCCCUCUGGGCCGUCCUCUUCUUCUCGAUGCUGCUGAUGCUGGGCAUUGACAGCCAGUUCUGCACCGUGGAGGGCUUCAUCACGGCCCUGGUGGACGAGUACCCCAGACUUCUCCGCAAUCGCAGGGAGCUCUUCAUCGCUGCUGUCUGUGUGGUCUCCUACCUGAUUGGCCUCUCUAAUAUCACCCAGGGUGGCAUUUAUGUCUUCAAGCUUUUUGACUACUAUUCUGCCAGUGGCAUGAGCCUGCUGUUCCUCGUGUUCUUUGAAUGUGUCUCCAUUUCCUGGUUUUACGGUGUCAACCGAUUCUAUGACAACAUCCAAGAGAUGGUUGGCUCCAGGCCCUGCAUCUGGUGGAAGCUCUGCUGGUCCUUCUUCACCCCAAUCAUUGUGGCGGGUGUGUUCAUUUUCAGUGCUGUGCAGAUGACUCCUCUCACCAUGGGAAGCUAUGUUUUCCCCAAGUGGGGCCAGGGCGUGGGCUGGCUCAUGGCUCUGUCUUCCAUGGUUCUCAUUCCCGGAUACAUGGCCUACAUGUUCCUCACCUUAAAGGGCUCCCUGAAACAGCGCAUCCAGGUCAUGAUCCAGCCCAGUGAAGAUAUUGUUCGCCCAGAGAAUGGUCCAGAGCAGCCCCAGGCCAGCGGCUCAGCUAGCAAAGAGGCCUACAUCUAGGCGUGCGGGGCGGCUCACCGACCCCACACUCUCACCCCACCCCAACCUGGCUGAACAUGACCACCACUUGAUGUCUGAAGAUAUCGUCUAUCUCAACCUACCUCGAGUGGCGAGUCCAGACAUCAUCACCAUGCAGAAAGGGAAGGUGGGGGACCGUCUCACCCCUAGUGAGCUCUGCUGUGGGCAAAGGUACCCGAUGGCUUCGGCACCCACAGGCUGGUGACCUUUUUAAUUCGGGCCCCAUAAGCAUAAAGCAUUCAGCAUUUGUUACUGCCACGGUAGAUCAUUUUUAUCCAGCCAGAAAGUGUGACGCAAUGAGGCUGCACUCUCCUGGCUUUUAGUCGUUUUUCCUGACUGUUCUCUUACUGCCAAAACCCAUGACUGUUAUUUUGGACUUUGCAGGAAUUCGUUUCUAUCGGAACGAUGCUCUGUACACAUGAAAAGGGCAUUUUGUAUAACGGGGAUUUCCAGGGAGAGCUCACUCUUAAGUAGCAGGAAGCCAGCGGAGCUCUUUCAUUUUUUGGUUUUCUCCUUCCGGAGGCAGCUUGACUUUAAAACAAGCCCCAAAGACCUCAGUCAGCAUUCCCAGAACUGCUUCUCAAGCAAUCUGCCCAGUGUCCUUUUUCCCUGCCCCAGGCCGAGUUAGCAUCUCUGUGGCUAAGCUUUCCUGCCCUCUCCUCAUCAGGCCGUUCUGAUUGCACCUGGUCCAAAAGUAAUUUUCCAGUCCGGCCCUGCUCUGCUCCCCGGAAAACUGCCACAAGCACAACUGAUGUUUCUAUCGCCAUUCCAGGGUGCCUGAGGUCCAGCUGGGGGCAGUUCCCUAAUCGGAGCCCCAGUUCCUCUUAGGCUGCCCAGCUUUACAGAGCACAGAACAGUUGCAGAGGAAAUCACGGUGAAGUCCUAUCCCUGAGUCAAAAUGGAUCCAGUUACAUUUCUUAAACUAUCUCCCUCACUGCCACCCCAUUCAAAGUUGCUGCCUUCUCACCUUCUCUGAAAUUCCUCAGCACGAAUCCCCUCACUGCCACUAAAAUCAACCCAGCCCACUAACUGAGGAGCUAGUGUUAAUCCAAUACCCCAUCCCCAGAAAAAUACUUCAUAGAUUAAAACUGCUUCCCUGGAAAGUAGUUUUUGCUCCUGUCCAGCAUGGGCUCCGUGGUGGCGGUGACAAAUCAGAUGAAGACAGUUCCUUGCAAGCCCCUGUAACUCAGCGUUUCUCAUUUACCAGGAAGAUGGGUUCCCAUGUAGCAAAUCGUAUGUUGUGCCCUGUAGCUCCUUAGCUAGUUAGCUCACAAACUGUGUUUUACAACUAAUCCUUAAUGACUAUGGUAAAUAACUGUGACUGUGGGUUUUUUAAUCUCUUGUCAUUCUCAUCUGAAAGUGACCAGUGACCAGCAUACCAGUUCUUGCAAUAAGAUAUUACCCUCAGAAUAUUAAGCACAUUAUUGUAGAGAAAACAAAAAGUACUUGUACACAUAUAAAUACACACACACGUACACUUAUCCUCACGCGUGGUAUAUAAGGUCUCGUUUGAUAUUGUGUAGGAAAUCUAAAACCUUUUCCUGAGGUCAUCUGUAAAAUAGUCUCAUCGCUAAGGCAUCCCAAAUGCCAACUGGUGAAUCCUUGAUCAAAAUGAAUUUGUACUGUCAAAGUGUAGGGUUAGACUGAAAGGAACCCCUCACUGUGUCUCAUGGCCCCACUCCCCAUCCAUGGGAAGGUCAGGAAGACUUCUCACUUCCUCUUUGUUCUUCAAUGUGAAACUAAGACCAAGUCUUUCUAAGAGAAAUGCAGUGUAUUUAAUGUUUGUAAGCAAAUCUAAGUGAAGUGUUUGGCAAGAAAUCCCCUAACUGAUUUCCAUCCAAACGUACUUACAUAGCACAAUAUUAUGUGUCGUAUAAUUACAGUGAGAACUGUGAAUAUGUGUAACUUUUUUUAGUAUUUGCCCUGAGGGGCAAAGAUAUUGUAUUAUCAUAUAUGCUUCUUUUUGCAAUAAGGAUUUAUUCUCAGAAUACCAAGUAAAUCUAUCUCUAUAUAAAAAAAUAUAUGUAAUAUAAACAUAUUCAAACUAUAUACAGAGCCUGUUUAAAAAAAUUACAGUAUUAUUUAGUAAAAUUAUCUGUUCUAUGGACCAAAUGUAAAAUAUUUAUAAAUGAAGAUGCAUUUUAAAUGUCUAUAAAUGGUGUCAUAACUAGAGCACGGACGUUAUGUACAUUUCUAAGAAUUUAGAGAAAAAUAAUAAAGGAUCUAUGAUAUACA